AAAUUAUUGAUUUCUUUCCAUAAUCAGCCCGCCAAAAGCAGUACCCCAAUAGCAGAGAGUGGGGUGGCAGUUUAAUUUUUAAAGUAAGUGCGCAAAAAGGAGAUAUCGCCGGAAUGGGUGAAAGCUCAGAGGGAGUUUCUGCAGUUUCCGGCCAUUCGCGCCUAGCGCUUACGGUCCCACCCCGACCCCCUACCGAGACCCUCUUCUCCGUGGGGGCCGUGGGGCCCGCACCCGGUUUCAGCCCAGCCGGACCCACCACUCUCAAGUCCAGCUUUGGCUCCGAUUCCCAUGGCUGCUCUUUCUCUCAGUUGCUCGCCGGAGCCAUGGCUUCCCCACUUGCAAAGCAGAGUCUUUUAGCCCAUAGCCCUCUGAACCAGCCGGUGGCCCACUCGCCCUCGUUCAUGGCCUCGCCCCGGUUUAGUCCUUCCGGGUCGGUCAACUCGCCCAUUUUUGUUUCCCCACUUCAGAGCCCUUUGGGAAUGUCCCACCAGCAAGCUCUCGCUUAUGUCACAGCUCAGGCAGCAUAUAACCUCUAUUACAAACAAAUGCAAGCCGAGUAUGAACAACGUUUGAAUGGCGAGACACCAGACACUAAACUAAAAUCUAUUGCUUUUGAGAAACCUGCUAGUGAUGGUUAUAAUUGGAGGAAAUAUGGGCAGAAGUUCGUCAAGGGAAGUGAAUGUCCUCGAAGCUACUAUAGAUGCACACGUUUGGACUGUGCUGUUAAAAAGAAAAUUGAGCGGUCAUCAGAUGGACGAAUUAUUGAUACCACAUACAAAGGGGAGCACAACCACGAACUUCCCAAGCCCAAUAAGCGAAAGCAAGAUGAAUGUAAGAGUGAUGAAUUGGAGAUGUUCACCAAACAACUUAUUGUGACUUGUAAAAGCCAUGAAAUGGAGGAAACAGCUACCGUGUUGGAUGAAGAUGAUGAUGUUGAACCAAACACAGAGACAAAGCGUUUAGAGGUUGGUUCAUCUGUUCAACCUCCAUUGCAUAAGACUGUCACAGAACCCAAGAUUGUUUUGCAGAGGAGAAGUGUAGUUGACCAUUUGGAUGAUGGAUAUAAGUGGCGUAAAUAUGGGCAAAAGGUGGUAAAGGGGAAUGCUAAUCCAAGGAGUUACUAUCGAUGCACAUACAUGGGAUGCAAUGUUCGUAAACAUGUUGAAAGGGCUUCAGCAGAUCCAGUAGCUGUGGUAACAACUUAUGAAGGCAAACAUAAUCACGAUAUGCCUACUGCUUACUCCGCCAAACAAGAAUAAUCGUCAUUGUAUCAUAAUAUAAACGGAUUGUAGGAAACAGCAAGAGAUC